UUUGCUCGUAUGGGUUUAUUGUAGGGUUGUGUUGACAUAUGAGGUGUUUGUGUGUUGUUUUAGUCGGGGUUUUGUUAUUAUUCGUAUAGCAAUGGCUUUAGGGGGGUCAACGUAUUUGCAAGAUGCAACUAUGUUGGAGCAGUUACUCGAAGAAAUCAAUUUUCAGAGAACAAAAGAGAUGCGGCAGCUCUUGAAGGAUGAGUCGGGCUUUGUGGUGCUGCAGGGAACUACAUACUGGACAGACUUGUUUGUCAGACACUUCCUGUUUCAAGAGGAGCAAGCCAUUGACUGCGAUGACCUUCUAUUUUUUGUGAGGAAAAGACAUGUUAAGGGAUCUUCACGGUAUCUGCCUAAAUAUGAGACGGAUGUCGAGGUGUUCCGCAAGGAUUCGAAGAAGCUGCCCAUCGGAGACCCAGAAAUCGACUGGGAAGAAACCGUCUACCUCAACCUGAUCGUGCACCAGUUCGAUUACACGCUCACGUUGGCGAUCUGCACGCGCACCAGCCCCAAGGAGCUGCAGGUGCUCAAGCGUCAUUCGCAGAAGGUGUACGCGUCGCCCAGCCGGCGGAAGAUGGACACGAAGGGCGAGGGCGAGGAGAUGACCUACCCCCACAUCUGCUUUAUGGUCGACAACUUUGACGAGGUGUUCUGCGACAUGGUGGUGCGCGACGGGGAGAUGGUGUGCGUGGAGCUGGUGGCGCGCGGGCGGGGCGCCGCCGCCUGCGCCGUCAUCUUCCUCGGCUCCAUCCGGUACGACGCGCUCACCGGGGUCUACGACGCCAGGCAAUCGUCGCUGUCGACGAAGAUGGCGCAGCGGAUGUCGUUCGGUCUGCUGGGCGGCGCGGGGGGCGGGCUCGGGGGCGGGGCGGCGCGCUGCGAGUUCGUGCGCAUGAAGGGCCCGGGCGGAAAAGGGCACGCCGAGGUGGCGGUGUCGCGGCCGCGCGGCGCCGCGCCCUCCUCGGCGCCCGGCUCGGCGCCCGGCCUCGCGGCGCCCUGGCCCGACGACAUGGACGACCCGGAGGAGCUGUUCCUCUUCCGGCACCAGAGGCGGCUGAGCGACCCGAGCGCCAACAUAGCGGGCUUCGUGCGCGGCGGGUGGCGCGCGCGCGACCCCGCCCGCUCCGACCACAGCCGCUCAGAGAACGACGGCCUGGACGCGCUCGGCGACGGCCUGGCAGAGGUCGAGGCGGGCGACCUGCGCGACGCGCGGCGCGGCUCUCAGGCUUCCUCCGCGCGCUGGGGCUGCUGUGCGGGGGGCGGGGCGUGCUCCGCGGGCAGGAUGCGCGAGGUGUACGCGCGGGAGGCGCGCGACACCGCUACGCCGGCCUGUCUGCGCGAGGUGACCCCGCCUGUGCGCGCCCCGCGCCGCGCCCCCGGCCUCGCGCCCCCGCUCCGCCCCCUGCCGCGUUCUCGGCACCGCCCCGCCCCCCACGCCGCCACCAGAGCGGCGCCCCUCGCCGCCGAGGAGGACUGCGAAAUCGCCUACGACGCGGCUCUGGACUGCGAUGCGAAGGUGUCAGUCGCGGCGGGAGCCGAGGAGCCGCGGGCUGGCAGUGCGGAGGGGCGCGGGGAGGGGCGCGCGGGGUGGAGCGCGGGGGCGCGCGCCUACGUGACGUUGCCGCGGCGACAGCGCGGCGUGGCGGCGGCGCUGUUCCGGCGAGCGCGCCUGCCGCCGCGGCGCACGACGCCGGACGGCACGGACAUCUACUACUGGUGCGAGCUGCCGGCGCGCGCGGUGCACGAGCUGGACGACGGCGCGUACAACCCGCUGUGGGCGAUGCGCGGCUUCACGCAGACCUUCCACCUGUGGAAGGAGGGCAAACGGCAACAGUCGGCGCCGCUCAACGCCUACCUCACCUACGUCACGCUGCCCUGGUGGGCCAUCGCCAAAGAUAUCCUAGACCACCGUGAGGAGCCGGUGCUGACGUUCUGAACGCUCGCCCCGCCCCUAGAGGGCGACGCCCCGCCCCCGCAGGGAGACGCCCCGCCCCUGCGGCUGGCGCUACGCCAUACGUGUCGUGCUGUGAUUUUAUUUCAAAAGAGACAUUAUGUAAGAAUAGUACAGCAAGGAAAAUAGUACUAGGUCACAAGUCUAAAAAAAUAGUCUAGUCAACAUAAAUCUCUAGUCGUUUGUAUUUAUUUUUAUAUAAUUUGUAAGUUCCAAUAAAAUAUUUUAAGAAUUCAAUGCUGCUUGCAAUUAUUCAUGACAAGAUGAGAGUUUUUUUUUAAACGUACGUGUGAAAAAGUGUGAGAUAUUUUUAUUUUAGUAUUUAUAUUUGUAAUGUAUUUGAAUGUUUGUAAAUGUAUUAAAAGUCGUGAUAAUUGAAGAAACGACAUGUUGAUGUUGACUUGUUAUUGUACAAAUAUCGACAACAUCCAAAAAGAAAUGUAACGUAUUUUCACAGUUUCUCAAUAAAAAUGUUUGGGAAGGAUCGCUGAGAACAACAAUGUGAGAACAAAUGUAGGUCACGUGACCACUUACACGUGACCACUGUCACGACGUAGCUGUAUCACUUUGUUCAGUUGUAUUUUGCGAGUAAUGCUUCAAAUAGAAAUAAACAAAUCAUCCAGACAGGAUGACAUUUGAAUAUGAUAGUGAAAAAGUUCUCUUCGCACGUAUUUUGUCGGAAAUGUAUUAAAUUAUUUCAAAUCCAUGUAUCUAAUGUACUCAAUAUUUUGUUUCUCUAAAAAUUCUCUCUUCUUUGUAGAAAGUUUAUCUUCUUAAAGUUAUGUUAGAAUUAAUGAUUCAAUAUUAUUUUAAUGAUUUACUAUUUACUUGUAUAAUCAAAUCGUCAGAUGUGUUCUUACCACAAACACAUGACUCUUGUCGCGUCACGUCGCGUCACGUCACGUCGCGUCACGACACGUCACGUCGCGUCACGACAUGUCACGUCACGUCACAAGGAAUUUAUUGUAACAGAUCCAGAACCUCAGCACUGUGAUGUGUGCGGGGAAACGACCGAGCGGUUGUGUGUGUGUGUGUGUGUGUGUGACUGCCACCAGUGCCAUAUGUUCUACGACACAAAGCUCCGGGAGUUGUAGAGUAGUACAUGACCAGGAGCUAUUAUUGUAUUCCUUGUAAUUAUCAUUUGCUGACAAUCUUUUUUUGUAAUAAAUAUCAAUUGUGAACCAGAAGUUCAUUUAAUAAAAUUAUGUUAAGUUUGUAUUCCACAAUCAUAUUAUAAAAUAUAUAAUACAUUAAAUAUAAAUAUUGAUAUUAUAUUGGCAAAAUGAAUCUGCUUUUUUUCUGUGGAACUCAAUAAUCUAACUUUAUCCAGAUUCUUACUUAUAGAGUGUAGCAUUUGUUCGUUUUCAUGAAAAUUUACUGAACACCGCAAUACAAAUACUUUAGUUUAGAGAGCAAUCGAUUCAUUGUAAUGUUCCCAACAUUACAGCGUUCAUUAAAAUUAUCUUGAUUUGAAUAUUUUGUUUUGUUUUUGUUGGCUGCGAGACCCUCUUGUCCCGUGUCGUCUCUGUAGCCGUGCCUGUAGCCUGUAGCGCCUCGUGCACAGGCUACAGGCAGGACAACGACGAAAUCAUAUUUGUGUGAAUCUGUUUGUUUUGGUGAUUGAAUUAAAUUAAUGCAAUUUA